CGGCGUUUAAGAGGAAUAUCCAAAGACGACCUGGAAGCACGCCCGCAGCAAGUCGCUCAAUCUUUUGAGGAUCGUUUCUUUGGUAAAGGGAGCGGAGACCUUACGGACCACUUUAAGAAGGUGUCGCUUUUACCUUGAUAGAGUGUCACCCUAGUAUCUAUUCGGUGCGGCUUCUUCUCUGCAGCAUUAUUAGACUUCUGAACUAUCUUCAAGCAUAAAGAUGAACUUCCUCUACUUCUUUCGUUUGAUUCUGGUAGGACUUCGUCUUGGUUCCCCCUCGUAUGCCCAUCUUCCUAUCCUCUCUCCAGAAAUAUCUGCUGCAGGGGCUUCUGCAUUUAGUUUAUUUCCUCGGCCGACUUUUUGGGUGGAUUCAGUUUGAGGUCGAAGGCCAUGAAGUGGAGGACUAUGAAUGGCAAGGCGUUAUCUGCCUGCAGUCGGACGGCAGUUGCAAAGGAAAGGAAAAGAAAACGGCGUCAAUGGUAACCAAGUGCUUCCACUAGAUUCUACUGGUGAUUCCGCUUGUGCUGGUUCUUGGGUCUCGUCAGUUGUCAACUGCAAUCAACUUCGUGCUGUCCUUCUUCAGGGUCACCUCGUGCGCUGUUGUGCAUUUUCUCAACUCAAACCAUCGUCGCAGGUGUAUGUCCUUGUUUAUGAUCGUGCGGAUUUGGGAUAUCGGACAUUCAUGCACCCGCUGCCGCUGCAGCGACCUGCAGUUGGCGUUCAGGGUGGUCAGAAAUAUGCUGCUGCGGGUACCAAGAUUGAGGAGAUGGUUCUGCGGCUCAACUAUUUAACUGGCGACAGCAUCUGGCAGCAGUCGCGCGACCAG